AUGUCGCCGCUAACGCACUUCCACCACAUCUUCCGCAGUCCCGCUACUGCUUCUGCACCGUCCUCCGUCCCUCCAUCCGCUGGCAGUCCCGGCGCCUUGGCGUCCCUCCUCGGGCUCGGUGUCGGCUCGAGCGUCAAAUUGCUGGUUCUCGGGUCCCUGGUCGAGACGGGACGGCGGUUAUUUCGGUGGUUCUUAGAGCGGUUUCGCAUACAAUACUGCACAACUCUGCGCUUCAACGCAGGUGACCCGGCGUAUGAAUGGGUUAUCCUAUUUCUGGCAUGUCGCUCUACCACUCUUCCUCAUCGCUCUCUGAUAGCAGCCCACUCCACACAACAGACACAAGAAAACAUCUGGCGCCGCUCACGUGACUUCGUCGUCUCCGCGCAGAAUUCGCAGCGCAAGUGGUCUGUGCCAUCGAAUCCCACCACGUCUUCCUCCACCGCUGUCGGCGCCAACGCCGAAUUCGUCCCGACGUUCUCGCAACCACAGCUGUUUCGGUGGCGCGGGCAUUGGGUCGAGGUCGCGCGGACGGGCCCCGGUGGGCAUCAGGGCGGCGGGUUUGGUUCGUCGACGGCGCAGGCGGUGUUCCCAGGGCACACGACGACGGUGAUGUUCGGCGACGCUGUCCAGAGCGGGGAGAUCCACAUCACGAUGUACACUCUGGAUAUGUCCUUGAUAAAUGAGUUCGUGGAGGAGGCGAGGGUGAUAUACGUGGAGGUCAACAAGCCGCAUGUGGUUGUGCAUCUGACAAAUUCCCGUUACGCAGGACAUCCGAGUCGGACCUGGACGACCGUCAAGCACAAGAUGCAGCGAUCUCUGGACUCGGUCAUCCUGCCGCCAGGUCGUCUGGAGUCAUUAAUGGAAGAUGUGCGCGGGUUUCUAGGCACGGAGAUGUUGCAGUGGUAUAUCGAUGCUGGGAUUCCUCACAGACGAGGAUAUCUUCUGUACGGCCCUCCAGGAACCGGCAAAAUUCACAGCAUCCACGAUAUAUGCACUGGCCGGAGCUCUAAACCUCGAGAUAUAUUCACUCUCGCUCGCGUCGUCCUUGUACGUCUCUCUGAUUUACAUGGAUACCACCCCUCUGAGAGUUUCCUGAGCGUCGACGACUCGUUCCUCGAGCGCGCAGCAGCCGCAAUCCCGAAAAACGGAAUCUUCCUCAUCGAAGACAUCGACUGCGCGUUCCCCUCCCGCAACACGAGCGACGCCGAGGCUGCGUCCGCGGCUGCAUCCGAGAUGCGACUCGGCGUGCCGUUCGGCAUUCACGCGCGCACCCAGCUGUCUGUGACUCUGUCGGGGCUGCUGAACGUGCUGGACGGCGUGGGCAGCGAGGAGGGGAAGCUCUUCUUUGCCACCACGAAUCACAUCGAGCGGCUGGACGCGGCAUUUCUGAGACCCGGCCGGAUCGACGUGAAGAUCGAGUACGAGCUUGCGACGGGCCAGCAGGCCGGAGCGCUCUUCCUCAAGUUCUUCCCGCCCGCUGCGUUCGACGUGGGUCAGAGCGCGACGGAAGCAAUCCCUGAGGUCCCUUUUGCCACAGACCAGGCCGUACCGGAGGAUCCUACUACGCCCAUCCCGGAACCGCUAAGCAUGGUCGCACUCGCGGCGGCCUUCGCGGCAGAGAUUCCGGACGGCCGGUUCAGCACCGCUGAGCUACAGGGAUUUUUGCAGGGUUAUCGGAAGAGGCCGAUGGAUGCAGUGCGUGAGGUUGGAGAUUGGGUGGCGACUGCGAUUCAGGAGCACAGCUAGCCAGUAUGGGGAUGACAUGCAAAUGCGG